AUGGACGUCAAGGGCAAGGUGGCAAGACGAUGGGAAGAUAUAGCUGCCGAAAAGAAGUCCGGCACAUGCAUGAACUUAGUGCCGGGGGUUUCUCAGCACUUGCGUGACGAGCAGGAAGCUGUACAGAAGAGAACCUUUACAAAAUGGAUCAACUCUCAUUUGGCAAAGCGUAAUCCUCCCCUGGUGGUGUCAGAUCUCUUUGAAGAUGUUAAAGAUGGAGUGAUGUUGUUGGCUCUUCUUGAAGUUCUCUCUGGUCAUAAACUGCCGUGUGAGCAGGGCCGCAAGCUGAGGAGGAUCCACUGGGUUGCUAACGUUGGAAGAGCUCUUAAAUUUCUGGAGGGCAGGAGGUCGGCCUACAGAGGAUCUCCGAUUAAGCUAGUUAACAUCAACACAACAGAUGUUGUAGAUGGCAGACCGUCUAUUGUACUGGGGUUGAUUUGGACCAUCAUCUUAUAUUUCCAGAUCGAGGUAUUGACCAGUCAUCUACCAGCUCUUCAGCCUCAGUCCAGCAGCAACUCCUCAGUGGACAGCACCAACAGCACUGAACCCAGCAGCCCACCUGUCAAACGCAAGCCCCGCCUCUCCUUUCAGGGCGGGGCCAAGAGAGCCCUGCUUAAAUGGGUCCAGACCACUGCAACAAAGAGAUUAGGACUUGAUGUGAAGGACUUUGGCCCCAGCUGGCGCACAGGGGUGGCUUUUCAUGCUGUCAUCUAUGCUUUGCGACCCCACCUGGUUAACAUGGAGCGUGUUUGGAGGAGACCCAAUCGAGAAAACCUGGAAGAAGCUUUCCUGUUGGCUGAGAGAGAACUGGGUAUUCCAAGGAUACUUGACCCUGAAGAUGUGGAUGUGGAUAAACCAGACGAGAAGUCCAUCAUGACAUAUGUGGCACAGUUUCUGAAACAACACCCGGACCACCAAGAAACAGAUAGUGGGCGACAACAAGAGGAGGUAGGUCUUUCUUAUCAUACAAACAAACAAUUUCACCCGAACUUCAUUCAGGAGCAGCGCAAGACACUGAGGGAACUGAAAACAUGGAUCGAUCAGUUCGAGAGAGACUGCGCUCAAGUCCAGAGAGAUGGAGGAAGUGUUGGUGUGCAGUACCAGAUGUUCAAGCGCUACCGUGUACAGUUUGAAGUGCAGAGACGGCAGGUAGAGACGAGCGUUCAAUCUGCUCAGAAGGACGGCAAGCUGACUGCAGACCAGGCUUUGGUCAAACAGGCCUGGGAAAGGCUGUCUGCAAGGCUUUCAGAUUGGCAUUUACAUCUGGAUAGCGGUUUUCCAGAUCCUCUUAGCAAGGUUGGUGUGUGGCUACAUCAGGCAGAGAAGAUCCUUCGAGAAGAGCUGGAGCCUCAGCAAGACCAUGAUGAGACGGCCAAAGCCAUUCACAAAAAAAUACUGCAUGACCAGGACAUCUUAAGGCAUCUCGAAAGACACAAGAAGACUUUGCAGGUAAUCCACAGAGACAAAUGUGUCAAAAAUGUCCCCAUUCCAACAGAACAGCUGCAAGAUAUGGCAGAGAGAUUAAACUUCAUAUCUACCUCCUCGCAUGUUCACUUGAGCAAACUGGAAUUCUGGGAGUGUAAAUAUCGCAUGCUGGCAUUUUUGUCGCUAGUCGAGUCUAAGCUCAAAUCCUGGAUCAUAAAAUAUGGCCGACUGGAGUCAAUGGAUCUUCUGCUGCAAAGCUACGGUUCAUUUGUGGAGGGACAGCAUUUCUUUGAAAAGUAUGAAUCUAGCCAUCAGGCUCUGAUAAAAGCUGCUGAGCUUUACAUUAACGCAGACAACUCAGUUGAGGAAGCUGUAAAGCUCUUCCUCCGAGAGGUGUCUGAUCAGUGGAGGAGUCUGUCCGUGGAGGUGCGAAGUGUGAGGUCCAUGCUCGAGGAGGUGCAGUGCAACUGGUUAAGGUACAACAGCUGUGUGGCCUCAUUGCAGGCAUGGCUGGAGGAUGCCCAGAUGGCUCUCGGGCAACCUGAGAACACCAAACGGGAGUUUUUCAGGAAUCUUCCACACUGGAUGGACCAGCAUGCUGCUAUGAAUGACGCUGGGAACUUUCUGAUCGAGACAUGUGAUGAAACAGUAACACGUGACGUGAAGCAUCAGCUUUUGCUCCUGAAUGGAAGAUGGAGGGAGAUGUUUCUGAUGGUCAGACAGUAUGCCCGUCUUCCUGAGACUCAUAAUGUAAGAGCACAACAGGAUAUCAUCUUAUCCAUACAAGAAUUUCUGGACACUUCUAUGAACAAACUUACCUCACCACUUCAAGUGUCAUUGCUGGAUGUCAAAGCCUUUAUGUUGGAUGUUGAGGACAUCAAACACAGACUGUCUGCUAUGGAAGCACAAUAUAAGGUGGCGGCUCGCUCUGCCCAGGUUGUAGCCAUAGACUCCGUUCAUGGUGGUGGAGUUCAAACUCUCUCGUCUCUAACAGCAAUCGAAACACAACUCAAUCAGCUGAAAGAGACGUGUCCUUUAAUUCUUAAGGAGUGUCAGAGUCUAUUUCCGUUGUUAGAAGAGCUAGAGAAUCAAAUCUCAACUUUCUACGAGACAGCAGAGCUCGCUGGACAAAUCAUCACCCAACAGCACAACCAGCAAAUGUGCCAGGAGUUACAAACCCAGCAGCAAAACUGUAAGCACUGUGUUUGUGCUAUGGAGCGCAGUUACCUGUCCCUGCAGCGGGCGCUCUGCUGCGCGAAAUCCCUACACAAUUUUGAUGUCUCUCUUCUGCAGAACAGAGUCACUGAGAUACAGACCACUGCACAGGCUUUGAUGCAGGAGGCUUCAGAGUGGAAGCAGGUGGCUGAGACCAGUGGCAACCUUAUGCGGAGGUAUGAGGAGUCUCGCGCUGACCUCGAGGAUGCCCUGCAGAAGGGCCAGGCCUGUCUAAAAGAAAGAGGAGACCCAGAUGAGCUCUUCCGCAAACAUAAUGAGUUCUUUGGGCGUCUGGACCAGCACAUUUUAAGUGCUUAUUUAAAAGCGUGUGAUGACCUCACUGACAUCAUCUCUGACGAAGACCAGAAGAGUCUACGGGAGACGGUCAGAAGACUUCACAAGCAAUGGAAGGACAUCCAAGCUGAGGCUCCUCCCCACCUGCUCAGACUGCAGGUGGAAACAGAGAGGCGUUUGGUGAUGGCUACAUUACAGGAGUGCAAGGCAGAACUUACGAGAGAAGAUAAAGCCUUGCUCACAGUCGGAAGUGAAAGAUUGAUCAAAGAACACAGGACCUUUUUCAGACAGACAAACAGACUGUCUGUAUGUGAGAAGAGACUAAAGACAAUGGAGCAGCUCUGUCAGGAUCUUCCAGAAAAUGACCUGGGUCAUCAAACGGUAGAGGAGACCAGAGAUCGUCUUGCAGAGGUCAGGCGUUUAGUGGACAGAAUGCACUUGAGACUCCAAAAGCAUCCAGAUAAAUGGAGAGAGUGGCACACUAGGUUCAGUGAGUUGUCUGGAUGGCUUCUCACCCAGCAGGCAAUGCAGGGUGAAGGUGAAAUCUCUAGUGUCCAGCGUCAGGUGGUAAAGGCUCAGGAUGAGAGUCUGAGCUGGCUCAGAGCUCGUAUCGCUAAGCUGGAGGAGAUAAGUCCUGAAAGUGAAGUUCAUAUACAGAGAGCUGCUCUUGAUAAACUCUCACUAGAGUUUUCUACACUGCUGUGUCAGUCUGAGGAUGUUCCUGUCACCGAUCAAACUAAGGUGCACAUAAAAGCUGAAGAGGAGGUGAAGGAGGAGGAAAUAAUCCAGACGGAGGAGCACAGAAGAAUACUGAACGCUGAAAACGCCAAGGAGGCCAAACAGAUGCUCAUCAUUCACCAGCAAAAUCUGAAGCCCCAGCAUGCAAAUGAGAUGGAUGUUCAGGAGAAACACCUGGAGGUCACUGUAUGUGCAUGGCAGGACUUUGAAGAAGAGAGAGAAGACAUCUUAAAAUUUGUGUGUCAAGUCAGUGUUGUUCUGGAGAGGGAGCUUAACUUUAAUAACUUGGACAGUCUCACAACCAAACUAAAAUUUUUUAAAGAUCUUGAUCUGCAGUGCAAAAUGUUUGCUGCACGGGCUGAGUCCAUGGAGAUGAAGGCAUUGAACAUUAAGCUUGGACCUCAGAAUCUGUCUUUACUGCGGGACCAGGCCCAGUCCACACAAGACCGAGUUCAAGAGACACAGACCAGCCUUCAGAAAAUCUUGUCAGAUCUGGAGCUGAUGCACGGGUGGUGGCAAAGUUUCAGCUGUGAGUCUGAGGCUUUCUUUUCCUGGAUCUGUGAUAGUAAGAGAGACCUUGAAGAUAUCAGCAGAACCUCUGCUAACCUGGAUGAGCAGAUUCAAACUGUGGAGAUGUUGAGGGAGAUCUUAGAGGAGAAGGUGGAGGUCUUUAACCGAUUGGAGACAGAGUUUCAGACUUUAAUGCACUUCAUCACGGCAAGCCAGGCUGGGCGAAUUAAAGCUCGCCUGAAGCAGAUUGUGAGAUACAGGGAGGAGUUUAAGAGCAGCGUUGAGCAACGAGAGGCGGAGCUUCACUCUAUCUUGAGAAAUACGAAACAAUUUACCCAGGAUCUCAAGGAGGUGGAAGAUUUGAUGAAAGGACUACAGGAAAAACUGAAUGUGUCAAUAACUUCCUGUACAUCAGCAUCAAGAACAUAUAAAUCUCUCCAUGAACAUAUGGAUGUAGUGCAGCAUCUGCAGCAGCUGGGUCCCAGGCUGAUGUCUUUGAGUCUGGGCUGGAGAAGGUUGUCUGAUGGAGGCCAGCUGGAGAAAGCUGUGGCCGAGCUUCAACAAGCUCACAAAUUACAUACCCAGCAGGCCACUGAUAAACAAUCAAAACUGGAAAACCUGUUGACACUGUGGCAGAGGCAUGUGUUUACAUGUAUGAGAGAGACCUUUCGCUUCUGCAGUCCUGGUUGGACAGGUGUGAAACUCUAUGCAGUUCAGAUCGUCCCUACCUGA